GAAUGAAGUAUAUCUAAUCUAUUUUUGCAGAGUGCUAUUACACUCUGUGUGUGGUUUCCUGCAAGGACCUUUAGAUCAGAUACAGCUGAGUAGCGUGCAAUGGUCAUGUAAGACUUGCUAUGACACAAGGUGCAAUAAGGCCACAGAAAACUUAAGCAGUGCAAAGUCUGAUGCCUCGGGGAUCAGUUAAAUCCUUCAUGUUGGCAUCCAGCUCCAUCCCUACACCCUGCAUCCUGCAUCCAGCCCCUAUCUGGCACUGAGAUAAACAGAAAAGCAUGGAUAGAAACUGUAGACUACUAUUUGUAAUCUGACUUUGUGUGUGUGCCACUCUGUGAGUGCCGUGCAUGAAGUACAUAGCAGGUUGAAGUCUAUAACUGCAGAAUAACUCUGGUGUCAUGGUGAUUUCAGCUGCAGGACAAGCAAUUUAACAUGAACUGGUUAGAUUCAGGCCUGCAAUAAAUUACAGUAGUUAUUCCACUCUUUCACCACCAGGAGGUAGCAAAGAUGCAUCUACAACCCCCCUAAAGUCUGUCAAAGGUCAAACAUUUAUCCAUCUGUUGAGGCUAUUCCUAUUCACACGUUUUUUUGUUUGUUUUUUACGCAUAACACCGAGAUUAUAUGUUAUAUUAUAUUAGAUUGUGUUUUAAUUUGUCAACUGUGGCACAUUGCCUGCAAAUUUAUUGCCUUUCAUAGCUGCAGAUUACAACGUUGACGUAUUAAAAUUGCAAAACAAUAAAACCUCUGAGUAUUAUAUAAUCUCUACAGACAAAACUGAUGCGAUGUAAGUAAUCAAAAAGUGUGCAUAACAAACACCACAAACAAGGAUAAAAGGGUACACCCUGAACCUCUGAGUAUUGCGGCCUUGUACGAAACAAGUCACAAUUAAUAUUAUAAGCUCAAAUGCAUGAGGACCAUGAGGACACAAACACCCAAUAAGAGGUAAGAUUAGUCAACACUUAUAGGAUAUACAGGAAAAAGAGACACUUUGAUGCUUGUAAUACUUUGAAAGGUCAAGUUUUCUUUCAUAGAAGCAAUAAAGUCUGUAAGCAUUUGCUGAAAUCCAGCAUUUUCCUAAUGGAGAGGAGCUAACCAUGGUACUCUGAGUUAUUGCAGAUUUAAAAUGGAUUUCUCUAAUUCAAUUUUAAGCUCUAAAGUCACCUUCUUGUGCUUAAUUGUAUUUUAAUAACUUUGUAAUAUCCCUUUAAUAGUUGUAUCAGUUGUCAGGCUAUGUUUCUGAAAUGCUUUACAUAGUUACCCUUUUCCCUAAGAGGCGGAGCAACAUGGUAUGUUCAGGCGUUCAUUCAUUCAAGGAUCAAUGAGCAUACAUUCUGGCAUUUGGUGGCUUUUCUGGAAAGCAGUUGCCUGUAAGCCCCGCAGCUGAUCAUAUUAUUUCAGCUGGUGUGCUGCACUCACCUUCAGUACGCGCUCCACUAUGGACCGCAAAAGGGAUGACUGGAACAGGACAAGAAGAGAAAGGAAGACCUACAUGCCACAGAAUGAUGGAUGACAGGACUACUAUGCUACACAUCCUUGAGGAGCCUCAGAUGCGCAGAGAAGGGGAGAGGAUUCGAACUUUUCAGAACUGGCCAGCAGAUGCACCUGUCACAUCUGGAGACCUGGCCAAGGCGGGCUUUUUCUUUCUAGGUCCCGGUGAUAAAGUCCAAUGUUUCUGCUGUGGAGGGAUUUUAAGAUGCUGGGUGCAUGGAGACAGCCCGGCAGCCGAGCACAAGAGGCAUUUCCCCACUUGCAGUUUCAUUCUGGGUCGAACCGUGGGAAAUAUCCCACUCCAAGGUGGAUCCUCCGACUCUGUGGACGGCCAACUGUUGAGUCAACUCCAAAGGAUGACUAUGGAUGACCAGGGUACAGCUGGACAAGCAGUCUACCCAGAGAUGGAGGCAGAAGAUUCCCGGCUCACCACUUACCACAACUGGCCAACCGAGGCCUCAGUCCAGCCAGAUGUUCUUGCCAGAGCAGGAUUUUUCUACACAGGUCACGGUGACAAUGUCAAAUGCUUCUACUGUGAUGGCGGGCUGAGGAACUGGGAGCCAGGAGACGACCCGUGGCAGGAGCAUGCCAAGUGGUUUCCACGAUGUGAGUUUUUAAUCCAUUCGAGAGGACAGGAGUACAUCAGCAACAUACAGGAUGCUCAUUUCCAUCUUGGUGAUACUGUGGGUGGAUCACAGAGCACCACAGGCAGAGAUAUCGGAUCCAGAAAUGAUAUGGUUGGAGGUCUGACAGCUUCCUCGGCCAUGCUGUCCCCCGUGGUGCAGACUGUGCUGCAGAUGGGCUUUGAAGCCAGCCUGGUGGAGAGCCUGGUCCAGACCAAGUAUCUUUUGACAGGCCAGCACUACACUUCUGUAUCUGACCUGGUCACUGAUGUGCUGCAGGCAGAGCAGGAAGACAGACAGAGGGUGCCACAGAGCAGAGAGCCAGAGACACAGCAGGGCUCCAGUGCUGGAAAUGUGAGGACACAGACUCCCAUCAGAGAGAAAGUAGUGAAGGACCCCAGCCCAGAGGAGCUGCUGAGGCAGCUGCAGGAGGAAAGGACCUGUAAGGUGUGCAUGGACAAACUGGUGUCCAUCGUCUUCAUCCCCUGUGGUCAUCUGGUAGUGUGUGGUGACUGCGCUGCCAGUCUGCGUCACUGCCCAAUCUGCAGAGCCGUCAUUAGAGGCAGCGUUCGCGCUUUCAUGUCCUGAGGCUGUAGUGAAAAGCCACCGAAAUUAAAAGUGUUGCAUGAGUGGCCUUGAGUUUUCCUCUGUACUCAUUAAGAUUAUUACUGGUUGCUUGUUUUGUCAGAGCUUACACAUAAUUUUCUAUAA